AUGGUAACCAGGGGCAACGCUUUAGUUGUAGUGCAUCACAACUUGGAUACUUCGCAUUAUGGAAUAAAAAUGCGUUUAAAGCACUUAAAAACUUUGCAUCCUGCUCAGGAUGGAGCCGAGAGAGUAAUGGCAAUGUGUUGGUCACCGAAUAACAAAAGACUUGCUGUGUGUACUGCUGAUCGAACUGUAUUAUUAUUUGAUGCAAGUGGUGAAAAACGAGAUAAAUUUUCUACCAAGCCGUCAGAUUCCGCUUAUGGCAAAAAAAGUUAUGUCGUAAAGGGGAUGGCGUUUUCACCAGAUUCUACUAAAAUUGCUGUUGCACAAAGUGAUAAUAUAGUUUUUGUCUAUAAAGUUGGUGAGGACUGGGGAGAAAAGAAAGUCAUAUGUAAUAAAUUCAUAUGUCAAAGUGCCGCCACUUGCAUCACUUGGCCAUCCGAAGGACCCUUAGUAAUUGGUCUUUCUGAAGGAAGAGUUAGAGUUGCGCAUGCAAAGAAUAAUAAAACUACUACUCUAUAUAAUUCUGACUCAUAUGUUGUUUCUCUAACAAGCAAUAUUUCAGGUAAAGGUGUUAUUUCUGGUCAUGCAGAUGGAUCAGUUGUAAGAUUUUUCUUUGAUGAUGAGGGAAGUGGAGAUCUUCAAGGAAAAAUCAUAAUCCAUACGUGUCCUCCAUAUGCUUUAGUGUGGGCUGCUCAGUCAAUCAUUGCUGCAGGUUGUGACAAGAAAAUUGUUGUUUAUGGAAAUGAUGGUUCUUUAAAAAAACAAAUUGACUAUAGUCGUAAUCAUACUGAGAAGGAAUUUACUACAGCUAUUUGCAGUCCUAGUGGGAAAACAGUUGUAAUUGGGAGUUUUGAUAGACUGCGUAUAUUGAAUUGGAGUUCUCACCAUCAUGACUGGGAAGAAGCCAAACCAAAAGAAGUUGCAAAUUGGUACACAAUAUGUAACCUUGCAUGGUCUAAAGAUGGAUCAAAACUAUCUGUUGGUACAUUAACUGGUCUUGUUGAGUUGUUUGAUUGCAGUAUGAAAAAGACAUUAUAUAAAAAAAUAUUUGAGGUUACAUAUAUUGAUCCAAGUCAAGUAAUUGUUAGGAACAUUACUACAAAUAUGCAAUCCAUUUUAAAAUCCUCUAGUGGGAGUGAAAUUGUUGAUAUUAAAAUUUUAGGUAAAAAUAGAUAUAUAGUUGCUCAUACAGUACAAACUCUUCUUCUUUGUGACAUGUUUACAAAUCUCGUAAGUGAAGUGCCUUGGAAUGGUGUAGGAGAAAACGUAAAAUUUUUCUUUGACUUUGAAAAUGUAUGCAUUGUAUUCAAUGUUGGUGAAUUAUCAUUAAUUGAAUAUGGAAACAACACAAUUUUAGGAUCAGUGAGAACAGAAUUUAUGAAUCCACAUCUCAUAAGUGUUCGCUUAAAUGAAAGAGAAAGUAAGUUGCCUGAUAAUAAAAAACUUGCAUAUCUCAUUGAUUUGAAAACAAUAGCUGUAUUAGAUCUGGUGAAUAACCAGUUACUCACACAAAUUAUCCAUGAAUCAAAAAUUGAUUGGCUGGAACUCAGUGAAACUGCUCGAAAGCUUUUAUUUCGGGAUAGACGGCAAAGACUUCAUUUAGUUGAUAUUGAAAAAGAUGAAAAGAAAACAAUGUUAAACUAUUGUUCAUUUGUACAGUGGGUGCCAGGUAGUGAUGUUGUUGUAGCACAAAACAGAGGCAGUCUGUGUGUGUGGUAUAACAUUGAAUCACCAGAUAAAAUAACUAUAAUGCCCAUAAAAGGAGAAGUGGUUGAAAUCCAAAGAAGUGAUAGUAAGACUGAUGUAAUAGUGAAUGAUGGAUCAUCUACGAUAACAUAUGCACUAGACGAGGGACUGAUCGAGUUUGGCAGUGCAAUUGACAAUCAUGAUUUUAAAAGAGCUGUCUUAUACCUUGAGAAAUUGGGUUUUUCAGAAGAAACUGAAGAUAUGUGGGCAAAUUUAGGGAAGCUGACUUUAGAAUCUGAAAAUUUACUUAUUGCAGAGCGAUGUUAUGCUGCUGUUGGUGAUGUUUCAAAAGCUAGAUUUUUAAGAGAAACUAUAUCUAUUGCACAUGAAGCUGCUGCUCAUUCAGACAGUGAUGGAAUGGAUUAUUAUCAAGUAAGAGCACGCUUAGCAAUAAUGAUGAAAGACUAUAAAACAGCAGAAAGUAUAUACCUUGAACAAAACAAGAUCGAGGAAGCAAUUCAGAUGUAUCUUGAUUUACAUCGAUGGGAUGAUGCUAUUGAAUUAGCAAAAGUUACUGAUCAUCCAGAUUUAGAAAGACUGAAUGAAACCUAUUUCCAAUGGCUUCAAGAGACUGGUCAAGAAGAAAAGGCAGGAGAACUAAAAGAAGCUGAAGGGGAAUAUCGUGAAGCUAUUCGUUUAUAUCUGACAGCUGGAUUACCAACUCGUGCAGGGAGAGUCAUAACUAAUAUGCAAAUAUUAGCAGAAAAUGAUGAAUUAGUGCAAGAAAUUGCAUCUGCCUUGAUGAAAGGAGAAUUCUAUGAGCAUGCAGGAGAUCUCUAUGAAAAAAUAGAUAAUUACCAUAAAGCUUUAGAAUGUUAUAGACUUGGUAAUGCUUUCAACAGAGCUGUUGAAUUGGCAAGGUCAGCUUUCCCUGAGGAAGUUAUACACUUGGAAGAAGAAUGGGGUGAUCACCUCGCAUCAAUUAAACAAUUAGAAGCAGCAAUUAAUCAUUAUAUAGAAGCUGGAAAAUCAGUUAAAGCUUUGGAGGCUGCUAUCAAUGCAAAGCUAUGGAAAAAAGCUGUAGAAAUCAUGGAAAUAAUUGAUGACACUGAAUCUUUAAGUAAAUACUUAAAACCUAUGGCUCAGCAUUUUUACUCAGUAGGGCAAUAUGAGCUUGCAGAGCAUCUUUUAGUUGAGGGAGGUAUGACUCGUGAAGCAGUCGACAUGUAUAACCGUAUAGGUGAAUGGGAUAAAGCCUAUAAACUUGCUAGUCAGUUUUUAGAUUCGGGAGAAGUUAGACGAAUGUACAUAUCACAAGCUAAAAUGUUAGAAGAAAAAGGAGAUUACAAGGAUGCUGAAAAAUUAUAUACAUCAGCUCAUGAAUAUGAUAAGGCUAUAGCAAUGUAUGAAAAUUUAAAACAGUAUGAUAAAGUUAUAAAAAUGGUAAAAAAGUAUUAUCCAGAGAAGCUUCCCGAAACCUAUAUACAUAUUGCAAAAAAACUAGAAGCAGAUGAAAAAUAUAUGCAAGCUGAAGAGUAUUACAAUACUGCCGGUGAAUGGAAAGCUGCUGUGAAUAUGUAUCGCAAUUUAGAUAUGUGGGAAGAUGCUUACAGAGUGGCAAAAACAAGAGGCAAUGACAUAGCAGCUAAACAAAUUGCCUAUCUUUGGGCAAAAAGUGUUGGAGGUGAUUCAGCAGUUAAGCUGCUCAAUAAAUUUGGCUUAUUAGAAAGUGCAAUAGACUAUGCAGCAGAAAACUGUGCAUUUGAUUUUGCUUUUGAACUAGCUCGUACAGCAAUGAAACAAAAACUGCCAGCUAUUCAUUUAAAAUAUGCAAUGUUUUUAGAAGAUGAAGGCAAGUUUAAAGAAGCAGAAAUAGAGUUUAUUCAUGCACAUAAGCCAAAAGAAGCAGUUUUAAUGUAUGUGCAUAAUCAAGACUGGGAAAGUGCACAAAGGGUUGCAGAAGCUCAUGAUAAAGAUUCUGUACCUGACGUUCUAAUUGGGCAGGCUAGAUUUUGUUUUGAAAGAGGAGAGUUUCAGAAAGCAGAAUCAUUACUACUCAGAGCAGAAAGAGCAGAUCUUGCUAUAAAGUAUUAUAAAGAAGCAGGCAUGUGGAACGAGGCUCUUAGAGUCUGUAAAGAUUACACUCCAAAUAAACUUCUGGAACUUCAAGAAGAAUAUGAAUCAGAAAGUUCUGAAAGAGGUACUAGAGAUGUUCAACACUUGUAUGAACAAGCUGUUAGCUGGGAAGAAACAGGUCAGUAUCAAAAAGCUAUUGAUAAAUACUUACAGAUUUCACCUUCCAAUACAAAUGAUUAUGAUUUUAUUGAGAAAUGUUGGGUGAAGGCUGCUGAAAUAUCUUGGAAAUUUAUGAGCAAACAGCACACAGAGCAUCUUGUUCAGCAAAUUGCUCCUAAAUUGUUACAGAUGAAAAAACAAACUACAGCAGCACAACUUUUUUUAAAGAUAAACUCAAUAAAGAAUGCUCUAGAUGCUUUGAUAGAUGCCAAAGAUUGGAGCAAAGCUAAACGAGUAGCAGCAGAAGUAGACCCUAGAUAUGAAGAAUAUGUGGAUAAUUGUUAUAAAGAUUACUUACGUUCUGAGGGAAACACCUCUGAAUUAGCAGAUAUUGAUGUAAUUGCUGCCUUGGAUGUAUAUGCUGAGAAAAAUCAGUGGGAAAAAUGUCUCGACAUGGCUCAGAAACAAGGUAUGAAAGUUCUGCAUAAAUAUGUUGCACUUCUAGCUAUAAAACUCAUAAAAGAAAAGAAAGAACAAAAAGCUCUUAGUUUAUAUGUCAAAUAUGGAAUACCAGCUAUAACUCAAAAUUUUUCAAUUUAUCGACAUAUUGUGUCAGCCAUUUUUGCAAUGCAAGAUACAUUUUCA